GCCAGCGCGGCCAGGGCAGCCGCCUGCCGCCGAGCCCCGAGCGCCGCUGCUCGCGGAAGCGCUUUCGGCCGGGAGCUGCGGCCGCCGCCACCAGUUUUCAUGUUUGGGAUUCAGGAGAAUAUUCCGCGCGGGGGGACGACCAUGAAGGAGGAGCCGCUGGGCAGCGGCAUGAACCCGGUGCGCUCGUGGAUGCACACGGCGGGGGUGGUGGACGCCAACACGGCCGCCCAGAGCGGCGUGGGGCUGGCGCGGGCGCACUUCGAGAAGCAGCCGCCUUCCAACCUCCGGAAAUCCAAUUUCUUCCACUUCGUGCUGGCGCUUUACGACAGGCAGGGGCAGCCGGUGGAGAUUGAAAGGACCGCUUUUGUGGACUUUGUGGAGAAAGAGAAAGAGCCCAACAACGAGAAAACCAACAACGGCAUCCACUAUAAACUCCAGUUGCUGUACAGCAACGGAGUCAGAACGGAGCAGGAUCUGUAUGUUCGCCUCAUAGAUUCAAUGACCAAACAGGCCAUCGUCUACGAGGGCCAGGACAAGAACCCGGAGAUGUGCCGCGUGCUGCUGACCCACGAGAUCAUGUGCAGCCGGUGCUGUGACAAGAAAAGCUGUGGCAAUAGAAACGAAACACCCUCAGACCCUGUGAUCAUUGACAGAUUCUUUCUAAAGUUUUUCCUCAAGUGCAAUCAGAACUGUUUGAAGAAUGCAGGCAACCCUCGGGACAUGCGAAGAUUCCAGGUUGUCGUGUCGACCACGGUCAACGUGGACGGCCACGUGCUGGCCGUGUCUGACAACAUGUUUGUCCACAACAACUCCAAACACGGGCGGCGGGCGCGCCGCCUGGACCCGUCAGAAGGUACGGCCCCUCCUUAUCUGGAAAAUGCCACUCCGUGCAUCAAGGCCAUCAGUCCCAGUGAAGGCUGGACCACGGGGGGAGCGACCGUGAUCAUCAUCGGAGACAACUUCUUUGAUGGGCUCCAAGUUGUGUUCGGGACUAUGUUGGUAUGGAGCGAGCUGAUCACUCCCCACGCCAUCCGAGUCCAGACCCCACCGAGGCACAUUCCUGGAGUCGUGGAAGUCACCCUGUCCUACAAAUCCAAGCAGUUCUGUAAAGGUGCUCCUGGGCGGUUUGUCUACACCGCCCUUAAUGAACCAACCAUAGAUUACGGCUUUCAGAGGUUGCAGAAAGUGAUCCCAAGACAUCCGGGUGAUCCCGAAAGGUUACCCAAGGAAGUGUUACUUAAGAGGGCGGCCGACCUCGUGGAAGCCUUAUACGGGAUGCCCCAUAACAACCAGGAGAUCAUCCUGAAGCGAGCGGCUGACAUCGCCGAGGCGUUGUACAGCGUCCCUCGCAAUCACAACCAGAUCCCCACCCUGGGCAACACCCCUGCGCACACGGGCAUGAUGGGUGUGAACUCCUUCAGCAGCCAGCUAGCCGUCAACGUGUCAGAGACGUCACAAGCCAACGACCAAGUCGGCUACAGUCGCAAUACAAGCAGCGUGUCCCCGCGAGGAUACGUCCCCAGCAGUCCUCCCCAGCAGUCCAAUUACAACACAGUCAGCACUAGCAUGAAUGGAUAUGGAAGUGGCGCCAUGGCCAAUCUAGGGGUCCCGGGCUCGCCUGGAUUUCUUAAUGGCUCCUCCGCUAACUCUCCCUACGGCAUAGUACCGUCCAGCCCCACCAUGGCAGCCUCUUCGGUCACCCUCCCUUCAAACUGUAGCAGUACACACGGCAUUUUCUCAUUCUCACCUGCCAAUGUCAUCUCUGCAGUGAAACAAAAGAGCGCCUUCGCGCCCGUGGUCCGGCCCCAAGCUUCCCCUCCUCCUUCCUGCACCAGCGCCAACGGGAACGGACUGCAAGGCUCUCUGCUGGGUGCUGAGGACGCUACCGUGGAGAAGACAAACUGGCCCUUUUGUGAAGUCGGUGGCAUAUUUCACUUUGAUGAACUAAUGCUCAAAAAAGGAACUGGAAAGCUAUGUCUGGGCUGGUAGUCCCGCCCAUGUGAGGGGCGCUUGUUACCUCCCGCCGCGCCCAGCAUCCAAGGACGGACUUCAGGGGACACGUUAGUACAUACGAGGUGCUGAUGGAGACCGUGUCUUCAGUACAUCAGCAGCGGUUGAAAUGCCACAAAAGACUUUGUUUAAAGAGUUUAUUUAAACUAUUAAGAAUCAACACACAAACGACGUACUUCUUCAUGAACAAUUCCAUUUUAUUGACUGAACUUUUCUCAUAUUUUCACAUUUCUCGGUCCUGAAGAAUAAGGAGAACAAAGCGAUGCCUAUUUUGUAUAAAGUUUCUGACUCCGUCUUGGCUAUGUCUAGUACUUGCUAUGUGUUGGGAGAAACUUUGUGAAUGCACCAUUUUGAUGAUCAUGAAACACUGAUGAAAAACGCCUCCAAAACAUUUUUCUGUACUCAUACUUAGAUUCACAAUGGUUGUGUAUCUCUAUAAUGUGAAAUAUUUUUUUGUGGUGACAAAAGGGGGCCAAGGAGGUCUGAGCCAUCAAACUGGAAGAAAGGAAGACUAUAUGAUUAGGAGAAUUGGGGUGGCAGGGGGGGGAGGGAGGGUUUAUCGUUGCUUAACUUCAUCUUAAUGAAACGAAACUUUGUAACUUAUUGUAGUUAGAAAUUGUAACUUUGAUAUUGAAUUCUCUUGCCUUCAACAAGCACACUGACAGAGGAAAAAAAAAAAAUGCUACUGUCUGUUGGUUAAAAUAUUCUCCCACUGCUAGAGCUUCCUGUUAAGCAAGUGUGAUCUGCGACAUUUUUUUCAACUUUUGCUAGCACUGUAUACUAUUGCAUUCUUAGGCUACUGUGAGGUCCAUGUUUCUUGUACCAGAAAUUGUCCUUUUGACUUCUAGAUCCUUCUUCCCUGAUGUGUUUUGUAUGUGGUUAUAAAAUUGUAGACUUUUGUGAUUUUGCCAAAGUUGUAGCUAAAUAUUUAUACACUUGUCUUGAAUUUUUUUCAGAUCCACUUAAAUAUUUAGGGAAAAAAAAGAGUUUUAUUCCUUAUGCAUCUUAUAAGGAAUAAAAUGGUCUCCAUUCAACACUUAACUUUUCCAUGAACACUUGCUGUUGCUAAGGGACUUUAUUUUGUAACAUAUCAAUUAUAAAUAUUGUAUUUAUCUUUGAAAUUUUGUACAUUGCUUUUCCCACCAUUUUCAGUUCCUUUUUCUUGUCUGCGUUGGUUUUUGAUCAUGGCCUGGUGUUAUGAUGCCGGGAAGAGCAUUAAAGCCAAGAACU